AUGGUCGCUGCGUUGCUGCUGUCUCUCGUCCUGGCGGAGGGGACCGAAGACGGGCCAGCGCCCGCCGCCGCCCCCUACCCCGUCUCCGCCCCUGCCUCAGACACCGCGGGCAGCAAACCGACCAGCUGGCGCUGCAGGCAGAGCCCUGACGAGUCGGUGCAGACGCUGGUGCGGCAGUUGGCAAUUCUGGAAGGCGCGAAGGCGCUGGGCGGGACAGCGCAAGUGGACUCCGCCGGCCCCGGCGCUCCGCUCGCCAACGUCGCUCCAGCGGCCCCCGCC